AUGUCAGCUACCGCCACCACAACCACAGCUGAUCCAAAGGUCAUCGUCGAAAACGAUGCCAACCUCAUACCCCGUGGCGAUGUAGAAGCGCCAAUGCAGUUUUUUGAGUAUCCUGAAGAUGGAUCGGCACCCUUCAAUCUUAUGGAGGGCCAUCUAAAGAGCGGGACAACGCCCAACUACCCUCUAAGCACCCAGAAAAUCUCCGUAACCGACAUCCGCGGUAAAGAGUCCGAGUACCUGCUUGAAAGGGAUGGCUUCCAAGGCAUAUCCAACGUCCCAUCGGCCGCAGACCAGUCUUUCACUGAUGAAGAAAACAUCAAGUCCGUCUGGUACCCGGAAGUCGAGAAAUUCGUCCGUGGCCUUUUCCCCGAGGCCAAACGCAUAUUCAUCUUCAACCAUAUUGUCCGCCGCUCUCGACCUGGCGCUGAACACCCCCCGUUGAUCAGUGCCCACGUUGAUCAAACGCUCACAUCAACCCACGAAGCUAUAGGCCUCUUCUUCCCACCGGAGGAAGUAGCAGAGCUCCUCAAGGAUCGAUACCGGGUGCUAAACAUUUGGAGGCCAAUAAAUGGCACAGUACAAUCAUACCCACUGGCUGUCGCUACGCCGUCCUCGGUCCCAGAUGACGACCUGGUGCGCAUCGAAUUGCGGUAUCCAAACUAUAAGAGCGAGACCCAGAUGCUGAAGUACAACCCCGCGCACAAAUGGUAUUAUUGGUCUGGUAUGACAAAUGAGGAUAGGCUAGCAUUCAUGAUCAUGGACAGUAAGGUGGACGCAGUAGCAAGGAGAACACCCCAUGCUUCGUUUGCUGACCCCCGAACCCCUGCUGGAGCACAGCCCCGUGAGAGCAUUGAGACAAGAGUUUUUGUCUUUGGAUAG